AUGACCGAAUUCAAGACCGACGAUUCCAAGGCCCCGUCCUACACCUCUAUCGACGCCGUCGAGGUGGAAAACGUUGAGAAAAAGGAGCAAAAGCACCUAGUCCCGCUUCUCGAUCAUGAAUUGCAGAAGCCACAAGCAAAAGAAAUCAUCCGCACAUUGGCAAACGCACUGAAUGAUAUCGCGGAUGAUACGAAGUGCACCAAAUGCACGGUGGAGAAUAUAUCAACUCUACUCACAGGCCAUGUCCGGGAUCUCAGAGUCGCGAAGCGGAGUGGGACGUGGUCUAAAGAAGAUAAGCGUAUUCUCAAGGCGGAGAUCAAAGGCCUUCUCAAGCCUGUCAAGAAGGAUGUGAAGAGCCUGUGGAAAGCGAAUUGA